CUCGUCGGUUUCGGGUCCUGAGGACCGAAUUCCUAUCCCUCCCCCAGUCCCUAGCUGCAGCCCCCUAACCCCAGGAGGCUCCCUGGCCCGCGCUCGCCCCCCAGGGCCUCAUGUCGGAACCACAGCCAGACCUGGAGCCGCCCCAACAUGGGCUAUACAUGCUCUUCCUGCUUGUGCUGGUCUUCUUCCUCAUGGGCCUCGUAGGCUUCAUGAUCUGCCACGUGCUCAAGAAGAAGGGCUACCGCUGCCGCACGUCGAGGGGCUCGGAGCCUGACGAUGCCCAGCUCCAGCCCCCUGAGGACGAUGACAUGAAUGAGGACACCGUAGAGAGGAUUGUUCGCUGCAUCAUCCAAAAUGAAGCCAAUGCUGAGGCCUUGAAGGAGAUGCUGGGGGACAGUGAAGGAGAAGGGACAGUGCAGCUGUCCAGCGUGGAUGUUACCUCCAGCCUGCAAGAUGGAGCCCCUUCCCAUCAUCACACAGUGCAUCUGGGCUCUGCAGCCCCUUGCAUCCACUGCAGCCGCAACAAGAGGCCCCCACUUGUCCGCCAGGGACGCUCCAAGGAAGGAAAGAGCCGCCCCCGGCCUGGAGAGACCACCGUGUUCUCUGUGGGCAGGUUCCGGGUGACACACAUUGAGAAACGCUAUGGACUACAUGAGCAUCGUGAUGGCUCUCCCACGGACAGGAGCUGGGGGUCUGGUGGAGGGCAGGACACAGGGGGUAGUCAGGGGUCUGGGGGAGGGCAGCCCAGGGCAGGGAUACCUGCCACUGAGAGUGUGCCCCCUGAGAGGCCACAGCCCCUGGGCCUCGCCAGUCCCCCAAUACAGAACGGAGGACUCAGGGAUGGCAGCCUAGUCCCUUGUGCACUUGAGGGGAACCCUAGAGCCUCUGCAGAGCCCAUGCUAGGGGCUGGAAGGAAGGGCCCAAGCCCAGGACUGGCCAGUCGAGAGGCAAUUGGACAGCCAAGCAAACUGGACACCUCAGAUCACCAGGUGUCCCCACCACGGGGAGCAGGGGGUGUGUGA